AUGGUUAAGUGUGAUUUCCAACAACAAGUGGGGCAACCAAAGUUUCAAAGGUUGUAUGUUUGUUUAGGAGCUGCUAAGGAAGGCUUCAAAGCUGGGUGCAGGCCUAUUAUAGGUUUAGAUGGGUGCUUUUUGAAGAGUGUUUAUGCAAGGCAACUGUUAACUGCUGUGGGUAUAGAUGCCAAUAAUGAAACCUGGGUAAUUGCUUAUGCAGUUGUGGAAUCAGAGUGCAAGGAAUCUUGGAUUUGGUUUUUGGAGUUAUUGGUUAAGGAUUGUGAGAUUGUGAAUCAAUUUGGCCUCACCUUUAUAUCCGACAAACAAAAAGGUUUACUACUUGCUUUUGAGCAAGUGGGUGCUUUUCAAAGCAAAAAGCCUCAGAGACAAGUUUUGGGAAGCAUCAUAUGCAACCACUAUCCCCCACUUUACAAGGCCAUGGAAGACCUGAAAAAACUAUCAAAGGAUGCAUAUGAAUGGCUAACCACUCCAGAUAAACCUCCAAGGCAUUGGUCCAAAUCACACUUCAACACUCAUUUGAAGUGUGACAUGUUGUUGAAUAAUCUUUGCGAGUCCUUCAAUGCUACCAUAUUGGAAUGUAGGGAUAGACCAAUUCUGUCAAUGUUUGAGUAUAUUAGAUGUAUACUGAUGAGGAGAAUACAAGCAAGAAAGGACAAAAUGCUGACAUGGAACAAGCCUAUCUGCCCAAGGAUAUUUAAGAAGGUGGAGGGAAAUAAAGCCAAGGCAGGUGCUUGUGUGGCAAUGUGGUCAGGUGGAGGUAAAUUCCAAGUGUCAGCUGGUGGCCAUGCACAAUAUAUUGUGGACUUGGAAUUGAGAACUUGUUCUUGUAGAGCUUGGGAUUUGCAGGGAUGGCCUUGUGUUCAUGCUAUUGCAGCCAUAAAUUAUAAAGGGGGUCUUAAUGUCAUGGAUUUUGUGGAUGACUGCUAUUUGAAAUCAACUUACUUGAAGACAUAUGAGAAUCUCAUACUGCCUAUGAAUGGGAUGGAUAUGUGGGAUAAGAGUGACUUUCCACCAUGUCUUCCUCCGUCUUACUCUACACAGCCUGGAAGGCCAAGAAAAUGUAGAACCAAAGAACAGGAAGAGCACAAGGGCAAGAUGAAGAUGAGAGCAUCAAGAAACCAAUCUGAAACUGCAUUGUCUCGCAUUCCUAACACAUAG